UGUCGAUGCCUGAACACGGACGAUUGAAACCCAUUGAUCGCCAUCUUCUCUCCUGGCUCAUUACUGCCUUUCUAACAUCUUGCGAUAUACGAAUUUUCUAGCCCGAGGACGCUCUGCUCCCUCGGCGCUCGCGAUCGACGCCUCGACUUCUUCCUCGACACCCCCGUUCACUACCCCUCUCUGCUUGCAGUCGACGGUGAUCGUUGCAAGAAGACAACGAUUGGAGGAAGUGGCUUCAAUAGUGGCUCUAGCCCUUUGGAAUCGCACGAGGCCGACUUGGAUGCUACCGUCGUAACAAUAUCCCAGCAUGAGUCGUACAUUGACGAGUCGGCAAGCUGAAGAGCUACACAAGUCGAUCAUAGCAUACCUGUCGGCGAAUAACCUACCGAACACCGCCGCUGCACUCAGGGCAGAGUUGAGCCUUGGGGAAGAUGUCUUCGAUACAUCUACAGCGAAGAAAUACGAAACAUUGCUGGAGAGAAAAUGGACAAGCGUUGUCCGGUUACAGAAAAAGCUAAUGGACUUCGAGUCCCGAAACGCGGCACUGCAAUCCGAGCUCGAUAACGCAACACCUACCUCCCUCUCUAGGCGCAACCAAGACCCUACUUCUUGGCUCCCUCGAUCCCCUCCUCGACAUUCUUUGGAAUUACACCGAGAUACUAUAAACUGCGUUGCUUUCCAUCCAAUAUUCUCCUCCAUUGCCUCCGGCUCCGACGAUUACACUAUCAAAAUAUGGGACUGGGAACUUGGCGACCUGGAAAAGACGAUCAAAGGCCACACGCGAGCAGUACUGGAUGUUGACUAUGGCGGCCCAAGAGGUGGUAUCCUUCUGGCGUCUUGCAGCUCCGAUCUGACUAUUAAGCUAUGGGAUCCGGCAGACGAGUAUAAGAACAUUCGGACCUUGGUAGGUCACGGUUACAGCGUCAGCGCCAUCCGUUUCAUACCUUCCGGAGCUGCUGGAGUACCAUCAUCCGGAAACUUGCUUGUCAGCGCAAGCAGAGACAAGGCACUGAAGAUAUGGGAUGUCACCACUGGGUAUUGUGUGAAGACACUACAAGGCCAUACCGGCUGGGUACGAGAUGUUUACCCUUCGCUUGACGGACGUUUCCUCCUCUCGACCGGGGAUGACAAGACUGCUCGAUUAUGGGAUAUCUCCGUAUCCAACCCAGAAAUCAAGCUGACAAUGGUUGGUCACGAGCACUUCAAUGAAUGCUGCGCACUUGCUCCACCUGCCUCGUACCAGUAUCUUACAUCCUUGACUGGACUGAAGAAGCCCUCACGUACAAGUAGCACGGCAGAGUUUAUGGCGACAGGGUCGCGUGACAAGACUAUCAAACUCUGGGAUGCUCGCGGGACUUGCCUCAUGACACUGAUAGGCCAUGAUAACUGGGUUCGGGCGCUCGUUUUUCACCCCGGCGGCAAAUAUCUCCUUUCGGUGUCGGAUGAUAGAACGCUACGGUGCUGGGACCUAAGCCAGGAAGGCAAGUGCGUCAAGGUGCUCAGGGACGAGCAUGAACGCUUCAUCACCUGUCUAAGGUGGGCUCCGGGAAUUGUCAAGGAUGUACCUGCGGUUUAUGGUGGCGCUGCUGAGGGGCAGAAUGGCGAAAGCAAUGGGACGCCGAAGGGGACUGGAGUGGGUACCCCCGAUGUGCAGAUCCGCUGCGUUAUCGCCACGGGAGGUGUGGAUCGGAAGUUGAGGGUCUUCGCGAACUGAGGUCGUAAGAGAUGAUCCAGAGGAGAUGGAUCAGACACUUCUACUCUUGGUGUCCUGGCAGAUCGUGUCCAGACGGGUCGUACGGAAGCAUCAGGAAGAAGACUUUUGCAGAGAAGGGCCGCGGAGGCUGGGGAAGGGAGCUUCCCUACUAGCUCAUACCCACUUAAAGGCUGACCAACGUCGACAACGCGGUUUGAAGUGCAGCGGCGCAAGGAUUUGCGAGAACGAGGUUGAGCAUCCUCGCAAAUACCGAAAGGGUGCGCUUACUCUCCCAUGCACUGCUUUCACUCGGGGUCUGAUGACUGAUGGGUCGUAUUAUAGGUACUUUGAAGAUACGACAGAAUCAGAUAGAACCCUAUUCUAUGGAUGAUGUUGAUG